CCCUACACAUCUCCUCUUGCAUGCAACUCACUGAGCAAGGGAGAGGCAAAGCAUCCUCCCCUCACGCAGUCACCGGCAGCUCCAGACACACAGGACCUGCUUUUCGCACCUCCAGCAUUUUCCCUUCUUCCCUGCCACUCCCUCCCAGAGAGAGAAAAAGAGAGAAAGAAAAAGGAAAAGGAGUCAGAAAGACUCUGGGAUUUGAAUCUUUCGAAGGAGGAAACACCCAGCAAACUCAGUUGAUUAAACACCAAACUGACAGAUUCCCAACUCUUCGGUUCAACCCAGAGGUCUUUUCUCUGGAGUCCUGGGAGCUCUGUUAUGGGCAGCACUGCCUCUGGCCAGCACCAUGAAGUCUGAAUCUGCUUCCACUCUGCUCUGGGCCUCACUCCACCUGAGUCCUCAGUUGCUUGCGGUUCCCCUUCCCAGGGUCUGCUGCUGCUAGACCGUCAAACCUCAGCAUUGGGCCUUGGCUUGGGCCUGCCUUUUGCCUGGCUCACCUCCUGGUUACUCCUCCUCCUUUACAGCACCCUGAGCCCCAGCCCUGUCCUUGGUCUCCCUGGCUAGGACGCAUUUACCGGGAGGAAGGCAUUACGGAAGGCUUAUUCCCACCCUGGGCUCCUUCUCCUCCUUGAAUCAAGGCCUCCGGAUCCACAUGGAUAGCUGAGAUCUUUUCUUGGAGAAAGAGACUUCUUCCUUGUCUCAUCCCUGAUUUGCCUCACCCGACAAAUCCCCUGUCUGUUUUGUCUCCCUCUUUAUUGGAUUUCUUGCCUGUGUGCCUAUCUAGGGCCGUGUUGUCCUUUUCCCUCUCCUUCCCCUUUCCUCCUAACAUUCCUGUGUGUGUUCUUCUUGUGUCUUCUCUUGUACCACUCUGUUUUCCCUCUUUGCCCUCACAAUCGCCUAUCCCCUGCCUCCCGCCCCUACGGCUGAUCCCUGGCCUGCCUGCUCCUCUGUGCUCUGACCCAGCAGGCACCAUGAGCUUUACCCUCCACUCAGUUUUCUUCACCUUGAAGGUGAGCAUCUUUCUGGGCUCCCUGGUGGGGCUUUGCCUGGGUCUGGAGUUCAUGGGCCUCCCAAACCAGUGGGCCCGUUACCUGCGUUGGGACGCAAGCACGCGCAGUGACCUGAGCUUCCAGUUCAAGACCAAUGUUUCCACUGGGCUGCUACUGUAUUUGGAUGAUGGUGGUGUCUGUGACUUCCUCUGUCUCUCCCUGGUGGAUGGCCGCGUUCAGCUCCGCUUUAGCAUGGACUGCGCCGAGACCACUGUGCUGUCCAACAAGCAGGUGAACGACAGCAGUUGGCACUUCCUCAUGGUGAGCCGUGAUCGUGUGCGCACUGGGCUGGUGAUUGAUGGCGAGGCCCAGUCUGGAGAGCUACGGCCCCAGCGGCCCUAUAUGGAUGUGGUCAGUGAUUUGUUCCUCGGUGGUGUCCCCGCUGACAUUCGACCUUCUGCCCUGACCCUCGAUGGAGUACAGAGCAUGCCUGGCUUUAAGGGAUUAAUGCUGGAUCUCAAGUAUGGCAACUCGGAACCUCGGCUCCUGGGGAGCCAGAGCGUCCAGUUAGAAGCAGAGGGACCCUGUGGCGAGCGUCCCUGUGAAAAUGGUGGAAUCUGCUUCCUCUUGGAUGGUCAUCCCACCUGUGACUGUUCUACCACUGGCUACGGUGGCACACUCUGCUCAGAAGAUGUCAGUCAAGGUCCAGGCCUCUCCCAUCUUAUGAUGAGUGAACAAGCACGAGAGGAGAACGUGGCCACCUUCCGAGGCUCAGAGUAUCUGUGCUAUGACCUGUCCCAGAACCCCAUCCAGAGCAGCAGCGACGAAAUCACCCUUUCCUUUAAGACCUGGCAACGCAAUGGUCUCAUCCUCCACACUGGCAAGUCGGCCGACUAUGUUAACCUGGCUCUGAAGGAUGGUGCGGUCUCCUUGGUCAUUAACCUGGGCUCCGGGGCCUUUGAGGCCAUUGUGGAGCCAGUGAAUGGGAAAUUCAACGACAACGCCUGGCAUGAUGUCAAAGUGACACGCAAUCUUCGGCAGGUGACAAUCUCUGUGGAUGGCAUCCUAACCACAACGGGCUACACUCAAGAGGACUACACCAUGCUGGGCUCAGAUGACUUCUUUUAUGUUGGUGGAAGCCCAAGUACCGCAGACUUGCCAGGCUCACCUGUGAGCAACAACUUCAUGGGCUGCCUUAAAGAGGUUGUUUAUAAGAAUAAUGACAUCCGUCUAGAGCUGUCUCGCUUGGCCCGGAUUGGGGACACCAAGAUGAAAAUCUACGGUGAAGUUGUGUUCAAGUGUGAGAAUGUGGCCACACUGGAUCCCAUCAACUUUGAGACCCCAGAGGCUUACAUCAGCUUGCCCAAGUGGAACACCAAACGUAUGGGCUCCAUUUCCUUUGACUUUCGCACCACUGAACCCAACGGCCUGAUUCUCUUCACUCACGGGAAGCCUCAAGAAAGGAAAGAUGUCCGAAGCCAAAAGAACACAAAAGUUGACUUCUUUGCUGUGGAACUUCUUGAUGGCAACCUGUAUUUGCUGCUUGACAUGGGCUCUGGCACCAUCAAAGUGAAGGCCACUCAGAAGAAAGCCAAUGAUGGGGAAUGGUACCACGUGGAUAUUCAGCGUGAUGGCAGAUCAGGUACCAUAUCUGUGAACAGCAGGCGCACGCCAUUCACCGCCAGUGGGGAGAGUGAAAUUCUCGACCUGGAGGGGGACAUGUAUCUGGGCGGGCUGCCAGAGAACCGAGCUGGCCUCAUUCUCCCCACGGAGCUCUGGACCGCCAUGCUCAACUACGGUUACGUGGGCUGCAUCCGCGACCUGUUCAUCGAUGGUCGCAGCAAGAACAUCCGGCAGCUGGCGGAGAUGCAGAACGCAGCAGGCGUCAAGUCCUCCUGUUCACGCAUGAGCGCCAAGCAGUGUGACAGCUACCCCUGCAAGAACAACGCGGUGUGCAAGGACGGCUGGAACCGCUUCAUCUGCGACUGCACUGGCACCGGCUACUGGGGGAGAACCUGCGAAAGAGAGGCAUCUAUCCUGAGCUAUGACGGCAGCAUGUACAUGAAGGUCAUCAUGCCCAUGGUGAUGCACACAGAGGCAGAGGAUGUGUCCUUCCGUUUCAUGUCACAGCGAGCCUAUGGGCUACUGGUAGCCACAACCUCCAGGGAUUCUGCAGAUACACUGCGACUAGAGUUGGAUGGUGGGCGUGUCAAGCUCAUGGUUAACUUAGACUGUAUCAGGAUAAACUGUAACUCCAGCAAAGGACCUGAGACCCUGUAUGCAGGGCAGAAGCUCAAUGACAAUGAGUGGCACACCGUCCGGGUAGUGCGGAGAGGAAAAAGCCUUAAGCUGACAGUGGAUGAUGAUGUGGCUGAGGGGACGAUGGUGGGCGACCACACCCGCCUGGAAUUCCACAAUAUUGAAACUGGUAUCAUGACUGAAAAGCGUUACAUCUCCGUGGUCCCCUCCAGUUUCAUUGGCCAUCUACAGAGCCUCAUGUUCAAUGGCUUACUGUACAUUGAUUUGUGCAAAAAUGGCGACAUCGACUACUGUGAACUGAAGGCUCGCUUUGGACUGAGAAACAUCAUCGCCGACCCUGUCACUUUUAAGACCAAGAGCAGCUACCUGACCCUUGCCACCCUACAGGCUUACACCUCCAUGCACCUCUUCUUCCAGUUCAAGACCACUUCAGCUGAUGGCUUCAUUCUCUUCAAUAGUGGAGAUGGCAAUGAUUUUAUUGCAGUUGAGCUGGUCAAGGGGUACAUACACUAUGUGUUUGAUCUUGGCAAUGGUCCCAACGUGAUCAAAGGCAACAGUGACCGCCCCCUGAAUGACAACCAGUGGCACAACGUGGUCAUCACUAGGGACAACAGUAACACCCACAGCCUGAAGGUGGACACCAAGGUAGUCACUCAGGUCAUCAAUGGGGCCAAAAAUCUGGAUUUGAAAGGUGACCUCUAUAUGGCUGGCUUAGCCCAGGGCAUGUACAGCAACCUUCCCAAGCUCGUGGCCUCCCGGGAUGGAUUUCAGGGCUGCCUGGCCUCUGUGGACUUGAACGGACGCCUGCCUGAUCUCAUCAACGAUGCUCUCCACAGGAGUGGACAGAUUGAGCGAGGCUGUGAAGGACCCAGUACAACCUGUCAGGAGGAUUCAUGUGCCAACCAGGGAGUUUGCAUGCAGCAGUGGGAAGGCUUCACCUGUGACUGCUCCAUGACAUCAUAUUCUGGAAACCAGUGCAAUGACCCUGGUGCAACAUACAUCUUUGGGAAAAGCGGUGGCCUCAUCCUCUAUACCUGGCCAGCAAAUGACAGACCCAGCACACGCUCUGACCGUCUCGCUGUGGGCUUCAGCACUACUGUGAAGGAUGGUAUCUUAGUACGCAUUGACAGUGCCCCUGGACUUGGAGACUUCCUCCAGCUUCACAUAGAACAAGGGAAAAUUGGAGUUGUCUUCAAUAUUGGCACAGUUGACAUCUCCAUCAAAGAAGAGAGAACUCCCGUCAAUGAUGGCAAAUACCACGUUGUGCGCUUCACCAGGAAUGGGGGAAAUGCUACACUUCAGGUGGACAACUGGCCAGUGAAUGAGCAUUAUCCUACAGGCAACACUGAUAAUGAACGCCUCCAAAUGGUAAAACAGAAAAUCCCCUUCAAAUAUAACCGGCCAGUAGAGGAGUGGCUGCAGGAAAAAGGCCGGCAGCUAACCAUCUUCAACACCCAGGCGCAAAUAGCCAUUGGAGGAAAGGACAAAGGACGUCUCUUCCAAGGUCAACUCUCUGGGCUCUAUUAUGAUGGUUUGAAAGUACUGAACAUGGCAGCUGAGAACAACCCUAAUAUUAAAAUCAAUGGAAGUGUCCGGCUAGUGGGAGAAGUCCCAUCAGUCUCGGGAACAACACAGACAACGUCCAUGCCACCUGAAAUGUCUACCACUGUCAUGGAAACCACCACCACCAUGGCUACCACCACCACCCGCAAGAACCGCUCUACAGCCAGCAUUCAGCCCACGUCAGAUGAUCUUGUUUCAUCUGCUGAAUGUUCAAGUGAUGAUGAAGACUUUGUCGAAUGUGAACCAAGUACAGAUAAGAGUCUUUCCACUUCAAUCUUCGAAGGUGGCUACAAAGCACAUGCGCCCAAGUGGGAAUCCAAGGACUUUAGACCUAACAAAGUCUCGGAAACUAGUAGAACUACAACCACCUCUUUGUCCCCUGAGCUGAUCCGCUUCACAGCGUCCUCCUCGUCUGGGAUGGUGCCCAAAUUGCCAGCUGGCAAAAUGAAUAACCGUGAUCUCAAACCCCAGCCUGAUAUAGUCUUGCUUCCGUUGCCCACUGCCUAUGAGCUAGACAGCACCAAACUGAAGAGCCCACUAAUUACUUCCCCCAUGUUCCGUAAUGUGCCCACAGCAAACCCCACGGAGCCAGGAAUCAGACGGGUUCCGGGGGCCUCAGAGGUGAUCCGGGAGUCCAGCAGUACAACAGGGAUGGUCGUCGGCAUUGUGGCUGCUGCCGCCCUCUGCAUCUUGAUCCUCCUGUACGCCAUGUACAAGUACAGGAACAGGGACGAGGGGUCCUAUCAAGUGGACGAGACGAGGAACUACAUCAGCAACUCGGCCCAGAGCAACGGCACGCUCAUGAAGGAGAAGCAAGCCAGCUCCAAGAGCGGCCAUAAGAAACAGAAAAACAAAGACAAGGAGUAUUAUGUGUAAACAUAACACCACCAGUCGUAUGCGAACUUAAAGCAGAAUUAUUUCUAUACACACACCUGAAUACUUUGACAAUGAGAUCUAACUUGUUGAAUGUGUUCUGUGAGAUGGGGUGUACCACGACUAUGGUGGGAAAAACCAUUUUUAAAAGGACACAUACGAUGGUGUAUCUCUCUGUGUAAUGGUGAGCCAUGCUGCAAGGUUGUAGCCUUGGCCCGAAGACAGAAAAUUCUCUCUGCCCUGCUGUAUCAUAAAGCACACACUUAGUGCCCUGGAGCAAGUCCAUGACUCCACAUGACCUUGGAAGCUUUCUUCUCUCCAGAACAUUUGGAAAGGAGUAGAAGACCAUAUGGCUUACUUGUUCCAUAGCUCCAAGUGAGUCUGUAAUAAUGUUUGUGAAUCUUGACUGUAACAAUGUUGGGUUAUUUUUUGUUUGUUUGUUUAAUUAUGUAAAAAAACAAAAACAAAAAAAUAAGAAAAGAAAAACGCUUAAAAAAAAAUACCACAAACAAAACAAGAAACCCAGAAAUACCCUUAUCUGGUUCUGGCCAGUGUGCGUGUAACUUUCCAAGAUCUAAGGGGAAAAUAGCUUUUGGGUUUUCAUUUAUUUUUUUGACAAUGACUGCACAUAAGAAGAAAAGGAAAAAAUAUACUCAGAAAAAAAAGUAUGAGACUCUUGCCAUAUGAACUCAAAAUCUACCAUGGCAUUCACUCCAUGUAGCAGGUUGUGGUGUCUCUAGAACCAAUUGUUAGUUUCCUAAUGCUUUGGUGAACCCAUGUGGGAUGACAAGCCGUUUGAAAAGCAGGUCCCCAGAUCUAAUUCCAAUAUUUGCCAUUCAAACCUAUAACAGAUGGGUUUGGGGCUGGUGUUAUCAGAGCUAUUGGUUUCACUUAACAAAUACUGUCCCUGUCCAUCAACCCAAAGUGUGUGAACGGGGAAACAUAAGCCCCAAGAAUUAAAGCAGAGCCUUUCUAAGGGAAGGAAAAAAGGGAAAAGGGGGUGGACUGGAUCUGUGAAAUGCAUGCAAACAAAGAAAAAAAAACACAAAAAAGAAAAGACAAUGUUAGCAUCUGUUUCAACAGACUGCAGGGGAGUUCCUAACUUGUAACACAACCACAAGUGGUCACACAAGCCAAGUUAUGGCAGUGUGUGAAAAAUCAUAGUUACUUCCCCACCCCCAACAUAAUAACGGUUUCCAUAUGGUUUAACUUUGUAGCCUGAUGUGAGUAAAUCCUUCCCAUCUCCUCAUGUCUCCUUUCACCCAUCUUUUUUUUAAAAAGACAAAUAAAUAAAUGAAUAAAGCUGCUGUGACACACACACAAAAGGAAUUUAAUAGUAUAAUAUAUAUAAAUAAAUAUAUAUACAGAUAUAUUUAUCAUGGUAUGUUUGAUGGGAUGACUGACACAGAAAUCUGUUAAAGUCUUGAAGUGGAAUGAGAAUGUUAUUUUAAAAGAAAAAUAACAAAACAACAAAAAAGUAAACCUUAAAAUGUGAAGAAAGUGUGAGUUUUCGUUUUGUCACAGUUAACUGUGUCAAAGAGAAUUUAAACAACAAACAACAGAAACUUCUCAGAUUUUGUUUACAUAUUUUACUACAUUUUUGCUGGUAUAAUCCCUUAGUCGUGUAUGUACAUACCGCUUUGAGAACUGUUAUUUCCUUUCUGUCUGUUUAUUUGGUUUGUGUCCCAUUCUCUUUCUGUCUUCUUUUUGUAAAGAGGAAACAAUGUACAGAGUAAUUAAAAAAAAAAAAAACAAACAAACUGGUUUCAUGGCCAUAGCCAUUCAAAAAGCAAGAAGAUAAAGCAAGACACAUAUACUCUCACCGAGGUGGAAUGUGUCAUCUGGAGGGGCAGGCAUAUACAAUUUCUUUUGUACAGAUGAAAACCAAUCAGCUGUUUAGAUUUAGAAAUCUACUCUUGCUGGUCUUUGUAAGUUGCAUGAAUAUUUGACUUUGAAAAAAACAAUAUCUUAAAGACAUGGGGCAGAAGGCACAGUCGAAAACAGUGGUAGCCUUUACUGAUGUGUAUGGAAAGCAGUGUUCCUCCUUAUCUGAGAUUUCAAUGUGUUAAGAGUUUUCCUUUUUUUUGUUGUUGUCAUUAAAAAAGACAGGACUGUACAAGGAUAUCUAAGCACGAUUUUAGAUAAAUGGCCCAGCCUAUAUGAAGUUGAUUAUAUCUCGAUGUCUGUGACAGAUUGCUGUUCUUGGAGUCGUGAGAUCUUGUGAACUGAUAUUCUCCUUUCUUUCUUUCCACUUUUUUUAAAAAACCGGAGUAAAAACUCAUUUGUUAUAUUCCUUUCAGUGUAAGUUAAUAUUUGGACAGUUUUACGGGAACUUGUGCAUUCUGUACGAGAGCUUUCAUCGGAUUCCUGUUGUGUUCUUUGCAGACCCUGAAAGAGAUUUUUUUCAUAAUGUUGCGAUGUUCCUGCUUUUUUCUUUUUCCUUUUCUCUUUGCUUUCCCAUUUGCUUUUUCGUUCAUGGAUAUGCUUAGCAAUAAAAUGUUCUUCCCAAAA